GGGCCCCCAGGUACUCGUGGAGACCCAGGCCCUCCAGGCCCUCAAGGGCCACCAGGACCACAAGGAAUAAAUGGGCUUUCCAUUCCAGGAGAUCCUGGACGUCAAGGGCCAAAGGGUAACCCUGGAGAACCUGGACUUCCAGGGCGAUCAGGAUCACCCGGCUUAAGUGGCCCUCCUGGUGCAAUGGGACCUCCAGGCGACAGAGGUUUUACGGGAAAAGAUGGCCAAUCAGGACCAAGAGGUCCCCCAGGACCAGUGGGUGCCCCAGGAGUGCCUGGAGUUGCUGGUCCAUCUGGGAAACCAGGCGAUCGUGGUUCAGCGGGGCCAGUUGGAUUGAAAGGUGAAAAAGGUGACCGAGGAGACAUGGCUUCCCAGGGUAUGAUGCGAGCUGUCGCAAGACAAGUCUGCGAACAAAUGAUCAACAACCAAAUGACCCGAAUUAACCAGAUGCUGAAUCAAAUUCCAAACGAUUACCAUUCAACUCGCAACCAGCCUGGACCUUCAGGGCCACCAGGCCCCCCUGGACCUCCUGGGGCCACAGGAGAACCUGGAAAUGGAGGCAGGCCAGGAUUUCCGGGCGCACCUGGCAUGCAAGGAUCACCUGGCGAGCGAGGACUGCCUGGAGAGAAAGGCGAAAGAGGAAUUGGAAUACAAGGACCAAGAGGUUCGCCAGGGUCACCAGGUCCACAAGGAGAAUCCAGAAUGGGCCCCCCAGGUUCUACAGGUUCCCGAGGCCCACCUGGGCCACCUGGCCGACCUGGGAAUGGUGGAAUCCGAGGGCCUCCUGGCUCCCCUGGAUACUGUGACUCAUCCCUGUGCGCUAGCAUUGCUUACAAUGGUCAAGGAUACCCAGGUUGACCAUUCGUCUAAAGUAUAAAGAACAGAGUUUGCCAUUUCUGCGUUCAUCUUUCUGAUUCGUGAUGGGAUUAUCUAUACAAAAUUAGUACCUGAAAUCUAAUUUUCCACUUCAAAUGUCAUUUUGUGAUACAGUGCAGACAAGAAGGCAAGGGAGGGCAUGGGAAGUCAUUAUUUGCACUGUUAUCAAAUUCAAUGGAAUCUAUUAUAUUGGUCUAUUAUACAAAUUUCUUCUGAGAAGAGUCAGUUUGAGGCAAUGAAUGGUCAAAGGAACCUAAAUGCUGGAUAUUUGUGACCACAGGAUACCAAAUUACUAAACUGAGAAGGGUCAUAACAAGUGACCAUGCCAUAUAUUUAAGGCCUCUUCAAGAAAAGAUUCCAGACCCUUAAUAUUGAUCACCAAUUUGUUGUGUGCACUGUAGCACCUUAUACAUGAUAUUGCUGUUUGUUACGUUGUUUGCAUGUAUCCGUGAAUAUAUAUAGAUAUA